UGGAUGGAGCGAAGCCUGUGUAGCGACCACAGAUCGUUUUUCGCGAGAAAAUCAAUGUUCCACCAGAGAAGAACAGAGUGAACACAUCGUGUAUCUGUGAGGAGAGGAGAAAACGGACAGAUCUGUUUACCGGAGGACGAAAACGUGAAGUGAUCAACCUGCUUUCUGUUCCGAUGUGUGUGUGCAUCGUUCAACAGAGGGACGUAUAGAGUCGCUACAGAUUCUCAUUGAUAUCGCCUUUUUUUAAUGCACAGGAGCUCUGACAGCGCGUGGAUGCGUCAUGUAAUCGAGAUUUGUAGUUGUGCAAUACUGUGCAAUAUGCAUGCAAAGAACUCAAUGUACAUGCUUGCACUGAUGCCUUCUCAGCACACAGGCUGUGUUUGAAUGUGCUCUGGCUGUCUGUGGAACAUGUAGUGGAUUUCUGCAGCUUGUUGACCGACGGAGGAUCGUUGUGAUAGAGGCAUUUUAAAGGAUGACAGUAGUUGACUCGGUUGAUCUUGGCUGUGAGUGCUGCACUUGUUUUUGUGUUUGAACUGUGAUUCGCUCUAGAUGUUCAGGAGGCGAAAGAUGACUGCAAACGUGUUAGGUUUAUGUGAUCUGUGGUGUGAUAAGCUUCGCUCUGACAGUCUGGGUUGUUCAGGGGGUUCCUUCUCUGUCUCCCAGCUGGACUUCAGUUCAUGCAGAGCACGCUGAUCCCACCGUGCAGCCUCUCGCUUAUUCAGCAGUUCCCACUACAGAGCAGCCUAGUCAGUAGUCUCUGACAGUCUCUGCCAGCAAGGGAUGUGGGCUGGGGUCGAGCUCAGGAGCGGCACUUUUUAUACACUUUGGUCAUAUUUGAUAGUGUAGUUUUUUUUUUUGCUGUAAGGCGGGAGGAUCGCUCAUUUCCUGUUAUUUGCCACACUGACUAUAAGAGCACCAAUUAACCCUCAGAUAACUGGCGGACAUCAUCUGCUUCUCGCUGGUAAAUGAUGCUAAAAGCAGCCGACACUCCACCAAGCAUUUCGGUUUAGUAGUAAAUUGACUCUCGCCGAAAGCCACGCGAGAGUGGGGCUUCUCCUCGCCCCCGUCACCUGGAAACCACAGGAGCCCACGAGACCCUCCGACAGGUGUGAACCCGGACUCGCGUCAUGGAUGAUUCUGGGAUCAUCCGAAGACGGAGGCUGCAGAAGGAUCUACCUCUGCCGCGAAAAAGUAGCAGUUGCAGAACCAGUAACCGUAAAAGCCUCAUCCUGACCAGUACGUCGCCCACCCUGCCACGGCCGCACUCUCCACUGCCUGGACACAUAGGAAGCAGUCCGUUGGACAGCCCGCGCAACUUCUCACCAAGCGGACCUGCCCACUUUUCCUUCGCCUCCUCUCGCAGGGCUGAUGGUCGUAGAUGGUCCUUGGCUUCUCUGCCUUCCUCAGGAUAUGGCACCAAUACACCCAGUUCAACGUCAUCCAGCUCAUCCCAGGAGCGCCUGCACCAGCUGCCCUUCCAGCCAACCAUGGACGAGUUGCACUUCCUGUCCAAGCACUUUGGCAGCACAGAGAGCAUCACGGACGAUGACGGGGGCCGACGCUCGCCGCACGUCCGCCCUCGCUCUCGAAGCCUCAGCCCAGGGCGCUCUCCAUCCUGCUAUGACAAUGAAAUAGUGAUGAUGAACCAUGUCUACAAGGAGCGCUUCCCCAAGGCCACUGCCCAGAUGGAGGAGAGGCUGGCGGAGUUCAUCCACAACUACUCCCCAGAGAGUGUUCUGCCACUGGCCGACGGGGUCCUCAGCUUCAUCCACCACCAGAUAGCUGAGCUGUCCAGGGACUGCCUGACCAAAUCACGUGAGGGUCUCAUUACCAGUGUCUACUUCUGUGAGCUGCAGGAGAACCUGGAGAAGCUGAUGAAUGACGCCUACGAGCGCUCAGAGAGUUCGGAGCUCACCUUCGUCAUCGAGCUGGUCAAAAAGCUCUUUAUCAUCAUAUCUCGUCCAGCCAGGCUUCUCGAGUGUUUGGAGUUUAACCCUGAAGAGUUUUACCAUCUGCUGGAGGCAGCGGAGGACCACGCCAAAGAGGGACAGCUGAUGAAGGCAGACAUCCCUCGAUACAUCAUCAGUCAGUUGGGGCUGACCAGAGACCCACUUGAGGAAAUCGUGAGCCUUGACAGCUACGACAGUGAGGGUCCACAUACUCCAGAGACCGACGACUCAGCAGAGGGAAAAGGGAGAGCCAUCAAGCCACCGACUGAAGAGGAUUUUCAGAGCAUCAAACUUAUCAGCAAUGGAGCUUAUGGUGCCGUCUACCUGGUGCGCCACAGAGAGACGCGUCAGCGUUUUGCCAUGAAGAAGAUCAACAAGCAGAAUCUGAUCCUGAGGAACCAGAUCCAGCAGGCCUUUGUAGAGAGGGACAUCCUCACCUUCGCAGAGAACCCUUUCGUCGUCUCCAUGUUCUGCUCCUUUGAAACGCGGAGACAUCUGUGCAUGGUCAUGGAAUAUGUUGAGGGUGGUGACUGUGCCACUUUGCUGAAGAAUAUCGGGGCUCUGCCUGUGGAGCUUGCAAGGAUGUACUUUGCUGAGACAGUCUUAGCUCUGGAAUACCUGCACAACUAUGGCAUCGUCCAUAGAGACCUCAAACCUGACAAUCUACUGAUCACCUCCAUGGGACAUAUCAAGCUUACAGACUUUGGCUUGUCCAAGAUGGGUCUGAUGAGCCUCACCACCAACCUGUAUGAGGGACACAUUGAAAAAGAUGCCAGAGAGUUCCUGGAUAAGCAGGUGUGUGGCACUCCAGAGUACAUUGCUCCAGAGGUGAUUCUCCGUCAGGGCUAUGGAAAGCCAGUGGAUUGGUGGGCCAUGGGCAUCAUCCUCUAUGAGUUCUUGGUGGGCUGUGUGCCUUUCUUUGGCGACACUCCAGAGGAGCUGUUUGGACAGGUGAUCACAGAUGACAUAGUUUGGCCAGAUGGUGAUGAGGCCUUGCCUGCAGAUGCCCAAGACCUUAUCUCUGCCCUGUUGCAGACCAACCCUCUUGUGCGGUUGGGUACAGGCGGAGCGUUUGAGGUGAAGCAGCACUCAUUCUUCACUGAGCUGGACUGGAACAGUUUGAUGAGGCAGAAGGCAGAGUUCAUCCCUCACCUGGAGUCAGAGGAGGACACCAGCUACUUUGAUACUCGCUCCGAUCGGUAUCAUCACAUCAAUACAUAUGAUGAAGAUGACACCAAUGACGAUGAGCCAGUGGAGAUCAGACAGUUCUCUUCCUGUUCUCCUCGCUUCAGCAAGGUGUACAGCAGCAUGGAGCAUCUGUCUCAGCUGGAGCAGAAAGCUACGACCUCAGUGUCCCGUCGGGAGCACAAGGGCCCACGGGAGGACAAGGUGACCAAGCGAGAGAGCCUGGGCAGCUUCAGCAUGAGAGACAAGAGCUGGAGGACUGGAUCCCCUGAGAUGAAGCGCCUGUCUUGCUCAGAGUCCCUUUACAUGGAGGGGGAUGCGAGCCCUCCUCUUGGUGCUCGGCGACGCUUCUCAGCGCUUAUGGAUACACAUCGUUUUGCCUCAGCCCUAGAUGGUGAGCCAGACUUCCUGUCCCGCCAGGCGCCCAUGAAGGUCCGUGGAACCUCACUAGAUGGGACCAAUGUACCCUCUCCGAGCCUCCUGGAGCAGAGGAACAGUCUGAAAGAGAUCAACGGAGCAGACAAAUCCCCUAGACAUGGAGAGACACCAGGAGCUACCACCGCCAUCGCCACAUUGUCCCCAGGUCCUGCAGCAGCUGGUCGUGAUGUGGUGACUCCUCUGUAUGACCCUCUGGGGCCCCGGGCCACCAAUGACCUGGUCCUCCGCAGGGCGCGCCAUCAGCAUUUGUCUGGUGAUAGUGAGAAACGCAGCUCCAGACCUGGAAACAAGGUCAUCAAGUCAGCCUCUGCCACAGCCCUGUCUGUCAUCAUACCAUCAGUGGAGCAGCAUGGCGGCUUCUCUCCGCUGGCCAGCCCCAUGUCUCCCCACUCUUUCUCCUCCAACCCUUCAUCACGUGACUCUUCACCCAGCAGAGACUUCUGCCCAGCAGUCAGCGUGCUGCGCUCUCCCAUUACCAUCCAUCGCUCUGGAAAGAAGUACGGCUUUACUCUCAGGGCCAUCAGGGUCUACAUUGGAGAUAGUGAUAUCUACAGCGUGCAUCACAUUGUUUGGCAUGUGGAGGAUGGCGGUCCCGCCCAGGAAGCUGGCCUGUGUGCUGGUGACCUCAUCACCCAUGUCAACGGGGAGCCUGUCCAUGGUCUGGUCCACACUGAAGUGGUAGAGCUCAUUCUGAAGAGUGGAAACAAGGUGACAGUGACAACCACGCCUUUUGAGAACACCUCCAUUAAAGUGGGUCCUGCCCGCAAGGCCAGCUACAAAUGUAAGAUGGCGCGACGAAACAAGAGGACCAUGGGCAAGGACAGCCAGGAAAGUAAGAAGCGUAGCUCCUUGUUCCGUAAGAUCACAAAGCAGUCUAAUCUGCUGCACACCAGCCGCAGUCUGUCCUCUUUGAAUCGCUCUCUGUCGUCCAGUGAGAGUCUUCCAGGCUCCCCAACUCACAGCUUGUCUGCCCGCUCCCCGACUCAGGGCUACCGCUCCACCCCUGAGCCCUCAUACCUGGGUGCUUCCUCCCAGAGCAGCUCUCCGGCCUCCAGCACUCCAAACUCCCCCGCUCCCUCUCAGCACAUGAGGCCCAGCUCUCUGCACGGCCUCUCCCCUAAACUCCACCGCCAGUAUCGCUCUGCGCGUUGUAAGUCUGCAGGUAACAUCCCCCUGUCCCCGCUCGCCCACACACCCUCCCCUACCCAGUCUUCACCACCACCCUUGCCUGGCCACACUGUGGGGAGCUCUAACACCACCCAGUCCUUUCCUGUCAAGCUCCACUCCUCGCCGCCGGUGGUCCGUCCCAGGCCCAAGAGUGCUGAACCCCCUCGAUCGCCUCUUCUCAAACGGGUGCAGUCAGCAGAGAAGCUGGGCUCGCCUCUGACCCAGUCUAGUUCUACAGGAGGGCUGGGGGGUCCACUGAGGAAGCACAGCCUGGAGGUGCAGCACUCCGAGUACCGUAAGGAUGCCUUCCUCUGUGAGCUCGGGCUCCAGAGCCUGCUAGAGACAGAAGGGGAAAAUCUGCCUCCUAAUGCUCCACCCCUGCCCUCAUCCUCUACAAACCCAGAGACCGGUGUCUUGAAGCCUGUGAGGAGACUAGGGAGACAGGAGUCACCGCUUAGCAGGGAAACACUGCUGGCUGGGAGGGAAAAGGAAGAGAGGGAGAGAGGAAGGGAAAGGGAAAAAGAGAGGGAGACUGACAGUGGGACAGUCCUGGAGAGAUUGAGCCGGGUUGGAGCAACAGCAUCUCAGUCAUCCUUAACAAGAAAACCUCAUGCAAGUGAGCUGCCCUACAGCUCACAGGCUGGCCAGGCCUCCAGACUAAGUGGAGAAGCAACGAAAGCUACAACUUCCAGCAUCCCUACCAAAUCAACAGGAAGCCUAUGUGGUCAGAAGGAACCUGAAAAGAUCCCUGAAAGUCCAGCAGACUUAACUUCAAAACAGCAAGACCACAAAGCAGCCAAAAGUGUGUUACCUAGCAGUAAGGAUCCCCAGCAACCUCUAUGGGGCAGAACUGAACCAAAGCAGGAAGGAGACAACCAGAAUAAGGGUUUACCUGGUGCUGCCUUCACCAAGAGCUCUCCAUCUACUCCAGAUAAACCCAUCGGCAUCAGCACGACAGUGAAAGCAAGUCCUCUGAGCAUGAACAAAACCUUUAAACCAUCAGGUAUGGGGGACAGCCUGAGAAAGGCUGGACCAGAGAGCAGUGACUCCAGAACUCCAGACUUCGGCUCCAAAAGCCCUAAACUCCCAGCUCGCGUUCUCGCUCCAGUCGUCCCCCCACAUGGGCAGCCGCUCUCACUGGGCAAGGUGAGGCAGGGACUCGGACCCGUCAACUGCUACCGGGGAACCCUUGACUGGGAUGACAAAUGUCGCCUGGAGGUGGUGGAGGAGCAUUCGCCUUCCCCCUCUCCCUCCCCGACUGCCGUCGCCCCCUCCCUCUGCGGACCUUCUCUCUGUAAGUCGCGGCCCGUCUCCCCUGGUGACAAGACGAGCUUCGUCAGCCAGCUGACCACUGUGGCCAAAAAAGUCCUUGGGCCAAUCAAGCUUGGCUCCCAGGAGGGGUCCAAGAGCAAAGACCAGCAGACUAAAGCAUCGGAAGAGAGGCAGGGAGGCACAGCGGGAAAGUCUGACACUCCCGCUGGAGGUAGAGUGGUUGUUGGGGCUGCAGUGGUGACCCAAAGUCCUGCUGGUUCGCCGCUAGAGAGGGCUGCAACAGGUAGCAGCCAGUCAAAAAUGUGACCCAAUAGGGUCCCUAAAUGGGACUUUAGUAAAAACAAACAAAAAAAUGCCUUUUUUGGAAGAACAAUGCAACAGAAGUCAAGCACUUAAAAACAAUGUACAUUCCAGUUUCAGAGUAUAUAAAAUGUUAUUUAUUGAUCUCAAUCAUCGACUGAUUCUAACUUAAAACCAGGAGUGAAAUAAUCCACUGUAAAGGUGCAUUAUCUGUUGAUUUUCUAUUAUAAAGUAUUUAAUAAGAAGACUCUUAAUGUAAUGUGGAACACUAUCAGAUGUAUAUGUGUGUGGGUCUAUGUGAAUGCAUGUCAUAUGGUAUGUACUGUACAUGUAUUAUAGGUACAAGAAGGUCAAAAAGUGCUUUACUGAUCAAAACAUGCUGAAUACUGUGAAUACCAAAUCCAGUCACUCUGUUUUCUUUCAACCAGCCCUUUGUUCUUUUAACUGCUUAUCAGACAAGACAAUGACGAACUGAGUCACACUCAUAUUGUAAUAUUUGCAUCAAACAACACAACUGACACGCAGCCUCAGUUUGGCUACUAAGCAAGCAACAAGAUGAUUGAGCUCAUUUCUUCUUCAUCCAGCAGUUUACUGAGUUGUUGUGCUCAGUCAGACAAAGCCAAAGCAGGCACUCUGUCAGUGGAUGUCACGUCAAGCACUGUCUAGCUCUGUCUGUCGCAAGGGAUUUUCUAUGUGUGUGUCUGUGUGGGUGUGUGUGUGUGAAGCCACCUUGUGUCUAUUUCUGGUGGUUCUUGCAGGCUGUGUCCUUCUGCAGAGGAAAGCGUGGUUGACAGAGCUCAGGCUCAGCGCUUAUCUCCCCUUCGCAGGAGGGCCACCACAGCCCUUUUCUCCCUCUGCCUCUGACUGCAGCCGAUACACACAAACACAUGUACACACACUCACAUUGCCACAGGAGGCAGCAGUGUCAGCAGCUGAUUUCCAUGCAUUUAAAUCCAAACCCCCGUGGUCCAUGAAUUGGGAUGCGAGUGUGUUUGCGAGUGAGUGAGUUAAGAAGUGUGCGAGUGUGUGAAAAUGUGUGUCUUUUCAAGGGGUAAUUACACUCAACACGCUUGACUCAGCAAGGGUCACGACAGCAACCAAACUGGAAAUAAACAGGCAACAGUUAGCAUCCAGGAACAGUUACAGGCUUUGCUGAAGACUCUACUACUUUAUUAACACAUCACACAGGCAUAGUGAUGAUAACUUAUGUGGAUAUAAUAUAAAGAAAAAGUUAAACAGUGAACCCAUGUGUUGUUUUGAGCCAAAACAGGAAAAGCAGGCAGUCAUGGAUGUAGCAUAAUGUGUUUGUCAAAGGGCUCUUUAGCGAAAGUAGGGUUUGUGGAUAUGGGCAUGGUACAAUAUAUCACAAUGAACCUGUUGCUGUAAAAACAAGGUUAUCUACAAUAUAAUCAGAAUGACUGUGUUAGGUUGUUAGGUACUACAAGCUAGGUAGUCGAGAUUGAUUCAUGUAAAGCUCACAUUUUGCUAUGUAAUGUACUGAUAAAGGUGUUUGAACCUAUAAUCUCAGCAAGAGUGCUGAGAAGGAUAAAAAGUUCACAGGAAAAACAAGUUGUGCUCUUCUCCCACCGGUCAUAUUCAUCUCAUUAGUAGUUCAUUCUCGUUAGUGUACAUAAUCUUAUGCAAAUCAUUUACAGCUGUGUGUGAGGACUGCUGUCGCUAUAUUGCUACUUACUGAUUUACAUAAGAAAGUAGGGGUUAAACGAUUUAAUCCAUCUUUGAUUUGAUGCGUCACUUACUAACAGUGAUUUGAUUAAAAUGACUCUUCUCAGCUCUACAAGUGUAAACUGAUUCAAGCGACAGCAACAACUUCACGCAGAGGCAUAAGUUCAAAGACUGAAAUUUAUUUUUGUGGUAUUGGCAGAUUGUUUUUACAUAACCAGUCAUUAAUAUGAAAAACAUUUCUUAAUUCCUCUUUAAUGCAAUAUUGGUUGAUUUUAAUCUAUUCAAAAGGAUGCUGUUCGCAAUCUAUCCUCAAAUCUAACAACGUAUGAGGGUGUUCCAAGGAUUUUCCACUCACCCAUUAGGAAGUCCUAUGCAGUACUUGACCAACCAGUUUUUUUUUUUUAAUUUGGCAUUGUACUCUACUGCCCUCCAGUGGUUCAAAACACCCACUGUCAAACAUGUUCCCAUAAAAUGUUCGUUAAUAAUCUGCUUGAGUUAGAAUUUCUGUACUGAAGCCAAGACCACUAAAAUACUGCAGAAUGGAUGUUAUUAGCCAUAGGGUUACUGAAUAUGCAUUUAUGUUUCUAAUGACAAAAUAUUUGCAGUAAUUAUCAAAUGAACACUUGAAUCAUGAAUUUUAUUCCUUUUCUGUUGUUGUGUUCUUCACGUGACUGUUAAUUAUACCUUCUGGAAUUGGGAUUAACAUUUUUAAUAUAAUAUACUGUCUUAUAUAUUCUACUGAUAGGAUGGAGGUCUUUUAUAUCUUGAUGUAACAAAUGAGUCAUCUGGUCAGCUCAGAUCACCUGUUUAAGAAAACUAACUGUAUUGUGAUCUUAUACAGCUGUUAUGCCCACAGGCCUUUUUCCAAUCAAUUGUGUCUAUACUAGUGUUACAUGUUUGAAAAAUUCCUUUUUCUUUUUGUGAUUGACAGAGAGAGUAGUAUAAAUGCACUUUAUUUAAAAAAAAACUUCAGUUGCUGUUAUUGUUUGUAAGUUACUUUGAAGAAAAAAAGAAAAUAUACUGUAUACAAAUAUGGAUUCUACAAAUGAACACAAAAGUCAGAGUAUAAAAACAUUCCACAUUUCUCUGUUCACUUAAAGUGUAUUUAUUUGUACCAUGGGGCAUUUUUGUUUGUGAUAGAUGUGAUUCAAAUGCAGACACCUGAAGUGCAGUAUGUGGAAUAAAAUUCUGAGAUUUGUUCCAAAA